AUGGCAGUGACAUCUGAAGACAUUAAAGACUUCAUCAUCAAUCCAUUUUCACUAGUCAAAAUGCAAUUAUCUCAAUUUGCACUGAGGGCUGAGGAUAUAGCCUUUGCAACAGAAAAUGACCCAACACUGAGAAUAUUGUACAAAAACAUGCUUCUAGAUUCAAACAAAUGUGGCAAUUUUUGGAUACAUGAUGGAUGCAUUCUAUAUGGCACACGGAUUUGGAUUCCAAACAUUUUACAAAAUUAUAUUUUAGAAUAUAUACAUAUAGAACAUGUAGGUGUAAUUAGGAUGAUAUUAUUAGCACUUUCAUAUUGUGUCUACUGGCCAAGUAUUGAUGAAGACAUUGAACAUCUUGCAAGAAAUUGUCUUCAAUGCAUCGAAAUACAACUUACGCCACAUAAAGAAAAUGUGCUUAAUUGGGAGGUUCCCAAGAAGCCCUGGGAAAGAAUACAUAUUGAUUAUGCUGGUCCAUUUAUGGACAAUUUGUUUUUAUUGGUUGUUGAUGAAUAUUCUAUGUGGCCAGAAGUUUUUAUCUCAAAGUCUUCAUCUGCAUCAAACACUAUUGAAAAAUUAAAAUUAUUGUUUUCUAGUUUUGGUCAACCCAGAGUUCUUGUUAGUGAUAAUAUAUCCUCUUUUAUGGGAGAAAAAUUUCAGAUUUUUUUGGAAAGUUGUGGUAUAGAACACUGUACAUGUGUUCCUUACGAUGAAAAAUCAUAUGACAAUGUGGUAAGAUUUGUAUUUGCCUUGAAACAUGCACUCAUAGAACUCAAAGGUCAUGUCAGUUCUGUACAAGAUGAACUGAAUACAUUAUUGUUCACAUGCAGACGUUCACGGAUCACACCUACUAUAGAAAGUCCAGCAAAGUUGUUUUUAGGACGAGGUUUAAGAUCUAACCUGAAAUUAUUCAAAUCACCGGCAAUUAGGAACAAAGUCAAGAAAAAAAAAAAAUAUAUGAAAUAUAAAUCUCCAUCUCAAUUAUUCCACUUUGGUCAAAAAGUAGCUGUAUAUAAUGAUGUAAAUGGAUUUAUAAUUAAUGCAGAUGUCUCAAAAUAUCUGAUAGUUAUGGUGAAUGGAAGAUUGAUUCGCCAUCAUAUAGAUAAUGUGAUUCCUUUACCAGUCAUUAAAUCAUUUUCAAAGAUUCAAAUAGACACAAAACCGGUCCGACCUAAGAGGCUAAAGAGAUCAAUCACACCAAUAAAACGAUUAAUUUUAUAA